UAGUAGUGUAGAAGGAAAACAAAAAGACUGAGCAGUCGUGGAUUGUCGAGGAAGCAGGGAUGCAAUAACCCUGUCGUAUGAAUGCAGUUUGCCUCCCCUUUCAUUGCCCUAGCUCAAUGCUAUGGAAUCCUGGGAUCUGUAGUUUGGUGAGGCGCCAAACUAUAAGCGAAAACUACAAGCGAAACUGCACCUAAUUUUCGAAAAACUCCAACAUUUUUUAAUUUGAAUGGAAGGGAAGGCUGGUCUGCUGAGCGCAGAACGUUGUUGCUUGUUUGCUACGGCUUCCACAUCUGUCCUUUGUGGCAAAUCCUUCCUCCGGCGCCUGCUGUUCCUCUUUCCAGCCCUUAGGGGGCGCUUGAGAAGCUGGCUGUUUCUUAGCAACUUCGAUGGAAUCCUAAACAAAGCUGACAGAAGCCCAGGUCUGGUGCAAGUAUUUGUGCUGCUGCUGGUUCUGCAGCCUGUGCUUUCGGGCCCUGGAGCAUGGCCGCCACCACCAUGAACCCCCUCCCAUUCCCAGACUCUGAAAGUGAAAAAGACUACACUGGAAACGAGCAGACUUUCCCGAAAACACCUUAUCCAGAGCGCAACCAUGUUGUCCCAGAGCAAGACCCUUGGAGUCGUCUCCAUGGAACACCUACCUUAGCAAGCAUCCGAAGAGAAAUCUGGUACUUACAACCUGAGCCUUCGAAAGACAGUCUGGAUUUUCAUCUCACCGCUCUGUACAAUCACCAUGAAGACCUGCUUAAAGACAAGAGCAAAGUAGUUCUCCAUAAAGAAACACUCUUUGAUACCCAUGGGAUACCAAGGGUUUUAGAGCCUGGACAGGAACAUGUUGAACCUUCAAUUCAUCGUCCCACUUCCAGGGGAAUCUGUGUUAGACAUUGGAUCAGUCCAAUAAAAGAGUCAAUCCACAGUAUUGAGGGGGCCAUUGAAUCUCCACAUACAGCAGCCACUAACAGUGGAUACUCUCGCAAGGAGAAUGGAGGGAUCUUCUAUCACUAAAGAUGUCACCCAACUGACUGGCCAUGCUGAUGCUUUGAUCCUUUCAGCCUGUAAUCACUUAGUCCUGGGCUAACUCUGCUUGGAGUUCCUUCAUUAAACCACGCAGCUUCACAGAAUUCUAGUAAGGGCACAGUGAUAUUGUAUGCCAGUGGUUAACAAAAAACCGUAGGCAAGGUGUUUCCUACUGGUAGGUGAAUCUGCAAACCCAGCAUGCCUAAAAAUCCAAAGAUUUCAUGAUGGAUUUAAUCAGUCCAUACUGAGGUCAAUUUAGACUGAAUCAUACCUUAUUUGAUUCUACUCUCCCAUAUUAAUCUAAGAUGGUUAAAAAUAUUCACAGUAAACUAGCUGAAUAAAAGCCACAUAGAUAGCUUACUCCCAAACCUAUCAAGUCUUCUGAACAUUUGUUGCAAUAUCCCGAAAAACUUGUUUUUUUUGUUCUGUAUUAAAGUCAAAACUAUAGGAAAAUUC